UCUCUAAGUUGUUGAUUUCCGUACUGGUAGGAUGAUCUUCAUGCUCAUGCUUGAGAUGAUUCAUAAUUUGGGGAUCGACGCGAGUUCAUCUACUACUUCUAGAUCUAGAAGGUCAAUAGAAAUAAGUAUCUAUAAGAAGUGUCAAAAGUGUCAAAAAUGGCAGAUCGAGCUAUGUCAAAAAAGAAUGACCCUCAGACAACAAGCAAAGCGAGCCGACUACCAUAGAUCUCAUCUUCUGAAAUGCAAAGGGCGGAAAUAGUGACGGCAUCAAUCAAGGAAAAGGAAAAGGGAAAAAAGAUGGAGACGACGGAGGAAAAAGAAAGUUCCAUGCAACAAACUAAUUAAAGUGUCGUACAUACCCCACGAUUGGGUACACUACUACUACUACUAUAUGGUAAAAAUUAAAUCGGGGUGGAGGCUCUCCAUUGGAGGUACCUCUACACUGAAUUGGCUCACAUAUAGACGCGAAAUGCUAGUAUAUAAGGGCGAGGCACCACGAGCAUGACAUGACAUAUUUCUAAUACCUGAAGCUCCUGAGCUGGGACUUCGAUCCCCUGCAAUACAGCAGUGAGGAACUAGAGAACUUCGCAUGCCUUUUGCUCGCUACGACGAAUUUCUACUGUCCGUGGAACCGCGAUCCGUGGAACCGCGAUCCGGAUAUGAGUUCUUUAUGAAGAAGAAAGUGUUGUUGUUGACUUGUUGUUGAUCAGGAUUAUAGGCUUGUUGUUGACUUGUAGUCACGACGUUGCAUACAUUUUUUCAUUAUGUGGGACUGACCAGUGAAAUCGUUUCCUAAUUAAAAUUAUAUCUACUAGGGACAUUCACAUGAUUCUCCCCCACAAGCAAAACUAGCCUGCCCCCUAAACCUUCUUCUGACCACCGUCCAUUGAUUUAUUCCUGCGUCCUCUCCAAAAAUUCUAGCGGGUGACGCCGAUCAGUCAGGUGAUGCAGUCGCAGUUGCCACGGCGCGAGCAGAGACUUUGAAAGCGAAACAGAGAGUCGAAGCUUGGUACUAGUAAUCCGAUCAUCUUCUGGUCUAAGUAUCCGUUGCUACUUUCCAUGGUCUUAGUACUUAUACUCUAGUAGGUCUAUUCUCUCCUAGAAUAAUCUAGCAUAGCACUUAUACCCCACGAUUGGGUACACGACUACUAUCACUACUAUUACUGCUACUUGAAGAUGUUGAUCAUCGGUCGAUAUCCCGCCUCUAAUUUUCGUGUCGUCUUCCCCGACACACUCAGGGAUAUCACCGAAGAGGACCAAGUCCGAAGUACACCCGCCCCUGCUGUGGGCACUAGACGAGGUUGCCGCAAGCCCAUCAGACCACGUGAGCAUACGGUCAGGAAUUUUGUUGCCGUGGUAGCGCGAAACUAUGAGAAGAAUCCGUACCACAACUGGGCGCACGCUUGGAAUGUCUUUGCGACGACGGGGAUACUUCUUCGUGACGGCUGGCACGACUACGCCGACGACGUGGAUAUCUUUGCCUUAAUGGUUGCGGCCCUUUGCCACGACCUAGGACAUCCGGGAUUGACAAAUGAACAUUUUGUUAAUCAAGGACAUCGAUUGGCGCGAACGUACAACAAUCUUGCGGUUCUGGAAAACAUGCACGCCUACACGAUGUACACCAUUCUCGAGCUCCCGGGAUGCAAUCUUUUUUAAGGCGGCCACUUAUAAUUAUUUAUUAAUAUUAUUAUCAAUCUUUCAAGUCUUGAAAGAUGGCUUAUUUAUUAUUAUCUUACUUGUUCUGGGCUUUUGAAGUAGCAAUGUAAUCCACUCCACCAAGGAUACUGAUUGCCUCCCGUUAACUACUGGAGGAGUUCUCGGCUGCAGAACAGGCUCAGUUUCGUGCAGUUGCAACCACAGCGAUCAUGGGAACGGCGAUGACUGUGCAUUUCGAUUUGAUGUUAAGGCUUUGUUUUUUUUUAGUUCUACUGAUGUAUUGUUGUAGUUGUUAACCGAUCAUCAUGGUCUCCAAGAAUCUGAGCUAAGGCAAGAAAAGUACUGGCUUGUAAGAACGAAAAGCUUGACAUCACUGGCAAGAGCUUAGAAGAAAAGUACUACUUCUUCUAAGGACGAAAAGUCUGACACAAGUGAAGAAUGCACGCGACGCAGAAGAGCUUCAGGAGAAGCCAAUUUUGGAUGAGAAACGCUUCAACCACGACGCGGAAGUAAUGAAAAAAAUUAUCGUCCACGCAGCCGACCUUGGAAAUUGCGUUCAACCACUUGGAAGCUACACACAGUGGGCGUACUUGAUGAAGUUUUUUCUCUAAGUUUAGACAGUCAGUUGUUACCUCAAAUGGUAGAUCAUUUACUGUUAUUUACAAUUAUCAAUAAAUCGCGUUCGUGGCUAGUAUGUGUAUCUUUACAUGAAUCCAGUAGUUCUAGCAUUUUCUACUUACUCUACGAUGAUCUUCUUGUAGUUAUCCAUGAUACAACUGACUCGUUUUUUGACAUCCUACUCCAAACAGCGAACGCAUCUUCAUGGAGAAUCAUCUGCAGUGCGAAUACGAAAAUUACGGCAAAUGAUCAUACACUGUGAACUUAGAUUACAAUGUUGAGAAGUAGAAGCAGGAUAACAUACUGGAAAAAUAGCAGCUUUACCAGCUUCAGAAAACCCAAGCUACUUAAGGCCAUAUAAGCAAACUAUCUGAACCUCAAAUUUCUCUAAGCAAAAGGACAAAAGAGUAGCUUCGAGUCGUUCGCGAUGGAGGUGAAUCCUGGGGAUAGCACUAAACUUGCGAAAUUCCAACUGGGCUUUCUUGAUUUCAUUGUAUUGAAGAUUAUACCUUUGUUGUUUUUGUAACUAGCUACAGGCACAAGAAACCCGGUAGAAGUAGGGACACUCUCCCCUCUCCUCUCUAUCCUCCGAGUACAAAACCCGGUAGAAGUAGGGACACUCUCCCCUCUCCUCUCUAUCCUCCGAGUACAAAACCCGGUAGAAGUAGGGACACUCUCCCCUCUCCUCUCUAUCCUCCGAGUACAAGUCUCCUCUCGUACAACAGGCCGUUCCAUUCUGGGAAACGAUCGUUGACUUGUAUCCUCUGCUGGAAGACCGCAGGGUUGCGAUGCACGCUAAUGUCAAGUACUGGCGCUUAGAAGCUGCAAAGACCGCGUCGUCGGAGGUUGCUGAGAAGACUAGUCCUACGUUGGAGGUUGUUGAGAAGACGUCCGCGACUGCGCCCGGGGGAAGUACUAUUCACAUACAGUGAAUAUUAUUAUUCAACCCAGAUUAGUUUUGACUUUUUAGGAGCUUUACUUUUUAGGAGCUUGUCCGACUCUUUUAGGAGCUGUUUUUAGGAUUUCUUGUUCCCCCUAUUUCCGACUCGCAUAACAACUGCAACAAGGUACUCAACAAAGCACCUCGUGA